AUGGGUGGGAAUCUCCUAAAAUUUUCUGGAUUGGACCUCUCAGAAAAUGAGCUAAGCGGUGAGAUCCCAGUAGAGCUAGGAGGUCUUUUGGAACUACAUGUUCUCAAUCUCUCUCACAACUAUUUACUAGGUGUGAUACCAGAAAGUUUUUCAGGUAUGAAGAAUAUGGAAAGCCUUGAUCUUUCUUUCAAUAAACUACAUGGCAAGAUUCCACCAAAGCUAACAGAACUGAGCAGCCUAGCUGUCUUCAAUGUAUCGUACAACAACUUAUCAGGGGUCAUUCCACAAGGAAGACAGUUUAGUACCUUUGACAUGCUAAGCUACUUAGGUAAUCCUUUUCUUUGUGGAUUACCAACCAACAUAAGCUGCAAUGGUAAUAACCUUCAGGAACCAGACAAUGAUGAAGUGAAAGAUGAUGAUUCUACAAUCGACAUGGUAUCUUUCUACUGGAGUUUUAUUGCAGCCUAUGUGACAAUACUUCUUGGGAUAUUCACGUCACUCUCUUUUGAUUCUCGUUGGAGCAGAGCCUGGUUCUAUAUCGUUGAUGCUUUCAUCCAGAAGAUAAGAAAUUUAUUAUGGUAA